ACACUUCGAGGCUUUUUCUGUCUAUUAGGCUCUGGGCAUUACAUGUCACCAGGCUAAUCGACUAGGAGUCGCAAGACGCAACGCAUGCGAUUAGCAUCAGGCAGCUAUCAAAGGCCGCCUUCGAUUGAUAUGGAAUUGCACGAACUUGUGACGAGUCUCGCAGGUUCGUUGGGUCUAGAUUAUGACGGCCGGACGGGAGAAUGAUAAAAUGAAAGUAAGCCUCAGGGACUUCAGAUCCUGAUCACUAGCAGAAUUCUGCUGCUCAAUCAACUAUCGGGUUUUGCUAUUGGAUUCGUCUCCGAUUGCUAUGAGUAUCGUCAAUACCGGGAUCCUUCGCUACUUCUACGAAGAUGCCCAAACCGACAUCGAAUACAAGUCAUCCGAGUUCUGGCAGCACUAUCUCAAGCAAGAGUUCGCUGACACACGAACCUACGCCGUCACAUGCGAAGUGUCACCAGAUGGCUCUCGAAGGCGUGUCGACAUGGUUGUGAAGCGAUAUGAUGCGAAUCAUCACACCAUGUCCGCAUUGCUUUGGGUGGAGUGUAAGAGACCUGGCGGCAGUCUCAGAGAGGUAGAGGAGCAGGCCCUAGAUGCUGCCAAAAGAUGCGUCGAAGCCGACAAUUUAGCGUUCAUCUAUACGAUGACCACCGUGGGAGUCUCCUUCCGCGUCUGGUUCUACGAAGAAGGCAGAUCAGGCCUUGUACCUUUCCAUGGGGAGUCGACAUUCGCAGACGGCUCUCAGUAUGUCGAUGCUGAUUCGGAUAACGCCUGGGUAUUGCCACGUUGUCUAGACAUGGUGAAGACUGAGACCCCCCUUCGGAAUGCGCCAACUCUUCCAAGUCAAUCCCUAGCGGAUCUUCAGGCUGCUCAAGAAGCUCAGGAAGAUCUUGGUGCUAGUCAACAACCCGAUGUUCAAAGCGAUUAUUAUACUGGAGAAGCCUCGUCCUCUUCCCAGCCACACAAAGCCUCGCUCACACCCAUGGAUGAUCCACUGGCCGGUAACACACAGGAGGUCCGAGUCGACGUUCGUCGCGAGGUGCAUACAUUUCACCCGGAUAAGUACAUUUUCAAAGAUAUCAGGGGCAGAACGAGAGUGACUGUUAAGAAAGAUUGGGCACAGAUUAAGUUCGAUAAGAAGAAAGUGUGGGUACACUACGGCAAGAAGACGGUGUACAUUAGUGACAUUGAUAUUACCUAGGCAUUUAUCCAACUAAUCUUGUACUCCGCGCUCCGUUUCCCCCCUCCC